AUGACUGCGCAACUUCCCCCAGAAUAUUCUACUCGUCUCCCAAUACGCACUCAGCACUGUCGCUUUUGUAAUCAUCUUCUUCUGGCAACAACUCGCGACCUCUCUAAACUUCCCCGCCGCGGGGGCGAAGCCCAAGACAAGGCGAUUAUCGUGCCAUUGGAAGCGCACGAAGCAGAUCUCGAUGAUGAACUUGAGGGACAAGAACCGAGCACGACAACUGCCACCCGUAAAUCACAGCAUGUGACCCUCCUACUCUCCACAACCCUGCCCGACCGUCGCGCAACACUGGUCCGCCGUGAAGAUGGAAUUGAGAAACGCUUUCUGCUCCGGUGUGGUCGAUGUCGGGCCAUUAUGGGCUAUUACUUGGAUAAAGCGCACUGGGGUACGACGAGAAAGCAAUCAUAUAAGGACGAGGAGCCGGAAAUGGAAGAGAGGCCGCCCGCGGUUUACCUGCUGCCAGGGUCCGUGGUGGAGACCGAACAGAUGGGCCUGGACGGGGUUGGGGAGAUGGAGUGGAGGGCAUGGGCCGACGGCGCAUAG